AUGGAGUUCGAGACCAUAAGUGUCCGACUUCAACGAUCGAACCCCACGAUUCCAUGGGGAUUUCAGCUCGGACAAGUCGGGAAUUAUGUCAUCGUCGGAAAGGUAAGAUUUUUGGCCAUUUCAGAUGGUAAUUGAGAGAGCUUUUUUUUCAGCGAUUUUAACUUCACUAUAAAAUUCCAGGUAGAACCAAACAGUAUGGCGGAAAAAGCCGGGUUAUUUUCCGAAGACAUUGUUGAGGAAGUUUUCAACAGCAAAAACGUUAAUGUGGCCGACGCUAACUCCAAAAUUGCUCAAGCACUGGAAGUGAUAAUGCUCCUCAAACGGCCUGUUGAUGAGAGGGCCCGUCCGUAUGGCCUGCCGAAGAUUGGAACGUACGAGAAAUUCGAGGAAUUCGAUAAAAGCGGACAAUUACUGAAGGAGUAUGAUAAGGUAGGAGAAUUAUAAUUUUAUUUGACAAAAGACAAGCGUAUUUUAAAACAAAAUUUAUUUCUUUUAUUUAGAAUUCAAGCGAUAUUAUCUCCUCCCACACCGCUGAUACAAAAUUCCCGACAACAGCCGUCGACUAUCAAAGAAAUGGGCAGCCCAGGCCUCAGCAAGGCGCUAAAACCCCUCCGGCUACGUUGCCAAAACCGAGGACACCAACGCCCUUGCAACAAUCAGCUAGCCAAAGCUUUGUCACCAGCGACUAUGGAACAUUGCCUCGAGAAAGCGCUCCAACUCAAAAUGUUCAAAAAUUCGUCAAAACAACGACAACGCUCAGUGGAACUCCCGACUUUGUCAACAACACAACAGUUCAGAAUUUGAGCCCCGGCGGUUUGCCGUAUAAUAGCACAACCGAGCACAGCGAAGCCAAGUCGAAUUGGAACAAGGACGAGGGAAAUGUCCACAAACAUUUCGAGAGCACACGAACCUACACAAAGACUGAGAGCUGCACGGUAAAGCCGAUUGAGCAGCAUUUUCCGCAGUUAGCGAACGGAAAACCUUUCCAUGAUCAUUGGACAUCAAGCCAGCAAGUGAAUUACAGCCAACAGCCAGCGAAUGGAAGUGUCCAACGGCAAAAUGUGGGGCAAUAUAGCCAACAGAUCCAAGGGCUUAAUCUGGAAGGUCAGCCGGCCAGUAAAACGUACGUCACUCAAAGCGAAACCAACUUCAGCCGGACAGCACCAUUGGGAGCGGUGCAGGGUCAAGUUCAAUUUCAAAAAAAUGUCCCACAGCCCAGCCAACAACCACGUCCGGCUUUUACUCAGCAUGUGUCCCAGAAAUCGGUUUACCAGCCAAGCCAGGGCUCUGUCAGUCAACCAAGGCAAGCCAGUGGACAAAGCAUUUCCCAGCAAAGCCAGCAAAAUGUUCAGAAGCCCACUGAAAGCUACAGUCGUUCCCAGGCCCAACAAGCCGUCCCUCAGCAGCCUCUCCAACAUCCACAAGUAUCUUCAGUGUAUCAUCAAGAAACUCAUCAGAGAGUAAGAUCGCCACCAAUUCACAGAACCAGCAGUCAUGAACCGCAAGUCAUCCAAAGCCAAGCAAACAUUCUCGUUAGUGAACCGGGAACCUAUGCGCAAGCCCAUGUAAACCACCCACCGAACGAGUCGAUUCGUCCGCAAGGUAUUCAUAGGACAACAAGCUAUCAACCACAAGGCUCAGUGCCGCAGAGAGCUCCUCAAGUCAUUUACAACAAGCAAUACAUCAGUCAUCAGCCGCCACCGGGAGACAAAUUUUACAGUUAUCAAACGCGUUCACCCACGCAAACAGUUGAAGUUUAUGAAUUCGAAAGUCAACAGAAUUCUGGAUAUGAUCAGAGGCAAGAACUCUAUGAGGCGUAUCAAGAUCAACCGUAUCAAAAGAAAACCGAGGAAUAUGUUGGACAGCCAGCGCAGGUGCGGCAAGCUCCACAUCAAGCUGAGGUCAGAAGGGGCCAACUUAGUACGUCGCAUGGCCAGCCUCAACAAGUGCCAACCUUUACUCAGCAAUCGCGACCACAAUUUCAGCAACAAGUUAAUGAACAGCGUGUGCAGUACGGCCAGCAAAUGCCAGCCAAAUUUCCGGUUGCGCAGCAGGAGAGCCGAUAUGCCCCUGAAACGUUACAACAGCAGUCGAGACAAACCUAUCAAACUCAGGGUCAGCUCAGUGCCCAAAACAAUGUGCGACAGCCCCCAGUUUCCCAAGGCAUUCAGCAACAAUCUGAACUCAAUAAAAAUGUUCAACGCCAGACAUCGCCAUCCACUGCAAAGGCUGCAGGAUCGCAAGGAAUUGAGCAGCGGCCAGCUCCACCUCCACACCAGAAUCUCCGACAGCCACCAGCCGUAUUGCCAAAGCCGGCUUCACCGCAACCUCAAGCUCAAGUUCAACGAAGUCAACCGUCCCAGCCAGUUGAAGCCGUUCCUGACAGCCUGCAACGCUCUGACUAUUAUGACAAUGAAACAUGGAACGGCUAUAACGGCCAUAGAGUUCCAUACGAUCCGAACCAGCAAGCUGUCGAACAGCAAACCUUCCAGCAGCAGAAAAUCGCAGAGCAUCCGCAGAAAUUAGCACCAAAGCCAAGCGGAAUAGAUCCAAGAAUGAUUACCUCAGACACUACCGGCUACAACAGUGCCUAUGUUGAGGGCCAGCCCGAGCAAAGAGAUAGCCGGUAUUCGGCGCACAGAAGGUUGCUGACGGAGAAUAAAGGACCUGUUACUCGAUUCGUUCAAAGUCCGUUUGGCACAUGGGUGGAUGAAGCGACGGCAGAGUCAUUGGGAAUCAACUACAAUACAAAUCCUAGGACAAGAUCGGGUAGGGGAAAAACAAAAAUAGAGAAAGCUUUUUUACACAAAGCAAUUUCGGUCUAAUUCUAAAGACAAUGUAUCGUAUGUUUGCAGCCUUGUCUUACUCACCUGUCCGGUGGUUUGUUGAUUCAACAACGAACAUGAUCAGUGAGCCUCCAAGAUCCUUCUACUCACCGCCCCCAACUCAAGAGUUUGUUCAGCAGCGCCGCCAAGCCUUCAGUCAAUCACCUAUAAGAUAUCGGCCAGGUCCCGGAUACAGAGAGCGAAAUGGACUGGCUUAUAUUCCCAAAACAGCAAAUCCAAGUCAAUUCCAACAAGGAUAUGGUAAGAAAUUUUUCUUCAAAUCUAUAAUUACGUGUUUCAGCAGGUCCAGGCUUCCAGCCAAAUGUUAGGGCCAUUCCCAGGCAAGCUGGCAGUCAUUUUCGGGCAUCCGGCAAUGUUAAAACCGUACAGUUUGUAGAGCCGGAAGAAGCCCAGCUCGAAACCGAUGCAAACGUUGCGCACUUGCAAUAUAACUCUCCGUUAAACUUGUACUCCCCAGCAUCGGCCGCUGAAGCCUAUAAGCAGCAGAUUGGGAAGGAACCUCCCGGAGUUCAGUAAGUAAUUCAUUCAGAGAUUGAAAUUCUGUCCGCUUAGGGCAUCUCAGCCUUCCCAGCCAUCCUAUUUAACCUCCCCGACGCUGCAAUUGAUCGCUGAAGAAGAAGCUGGCGUUCAGCGGCGGCCGGCAGCGCCUCAACAAAGUGCUAGCUUUAAGAGGAUAGCUCAAGGAGUUGGGCAGCCAUUGUAA